GUUUUUUAUGUAUAUAAAGGUCUAAGGAAAUAGUUCAGUUCAUUGAGAGCCAAGCCAGCGUUUGUGUUGACUGCUCAGAGUCCACGAACUCAGGCUUCUGUUCCACAUCUUAUCCGCUACACCUCAGGGACGUUUUGUUUAACCAUUUCCAGGAGACAUUAGCCAUGGCUUACCACAGCUUUCUGCUAGAACCCAUCAGCUGCCAUGCCUGGAACAAGGAUCGCACUCAAAUUGCACUGUGUCCCAAUAACCAUGACGUUCAUAUCUACAAAAAGGAGGGAAAUGGCUGGACGAAAACGCAUGUGCUCAAGGAGCACAAUGGGCAGGUGACUGGUAUCGACUGGGCUCCGGAGAGCAACCGCAUCGUCACCUGUGGCACUGACCGUAACGCCUAUGUGUGGACCCUGAAGGGGGAUGUUUGGAAGCCCACUCUGGUCAUCCUCAGGAUCAAUCGUGCUGCCCGCUGUGUGAAAUGGUCCCCCAAAGAGAAUAAGUUUGCAGUUGGCAGUGGCUCGCGCCUCAUCUCCGUCUGCUACUUUGAGCAGGAGAAUGACUGGUGGGUUUGUAAGCACAUUAAGAAGCCCAUCCGCUCCACUAUUCUUUGCCUGGACUGGCAUCCCAACAACAUUCUGCUGGCUGCUGGCUCAUGUGACUUCAAGUGCAGGAUUUUCUCUGCUUAUAUCAAAGAGGUGGAGGAGAAGCCUGCUCCUACUCCGUGGGGCUCCAAGAUGCCAUUCGGAGAGGUGAUGUUUGAGUCCACUGGCACUGCCGGCUGGGUGCACGGGGUCUGCUUCUCUGAGAGUGGGAACCGUGUGGCCUGGGCCAGCCAUGACAGCACUGUAGCUGUGGCUGAGGGAGGCAAGACUGCUGUAAUUACCAGUCUGUCUUCAGAGACCCUUCCUCUGCUUUGUGUGACCUUCAUCACUGAGAACAGCUUAGUGGCAGCGGGCCAUGACUGCUACCCUGCGCUGUUCGUCUACGAUGGUGAGAAAGGGACUGUGACUUUCGGAGGGAAGCUGGAUGUUCCCAAGCAGAGUACUCAGAAAGGCUUGACAGCCAGGGAGCGCUUCCAGAACCUGGACAAGAAAGCCACCUCUGAUACCAAAGAGGCUGUGCUGGAGUCCCUGCACAAAAACAGCAUCAGCCAAAUCUCAAUUCUUCAGGGUGGCAAAGCUAAGUGUGCCAAGUUCUGCACCACUGGAAUGGAUGGCGGCAUGGCCAUUUGGGAUGUAAAGACCCUUGAAUCUGCUAUGAAAGACCUGAAGAUUGUCUAACUACGGGGUGUCCUACAAAAAGAGUUGGCCACAAUAUCAACUCCUUGCUGCUUCUAUGCAAAUAUACAGCAAUACAUUUCAAAUCAUUGUAUGGAAAAUUGUUAAUCAGCAGUUCUGAAAUAGCAAGCUUUUAUGCUCAUAAAACUGAGGUAAUGGGAUUUGGACAAACCAUGCUGGUAUUUGAUGCUGUAGUGCAUUUCAAUUGAAUAUGCUGGUCAUAGAAUGCUUUUUAUUACUGUGUGCUCUGAUUUUUAAUAAAUCAUGUCUUUAAAACAUG